AUUCAGCUUAGUUCGUUUUUUUAACAAUGAAGAAACUAGUAGUCAUCACUUAUUUCUUUAUUUUGUUGUGCACUUCAAAUGGUUCUGAACCGGUGACAAGAGAAGAAUUUGAGCACUUUCAAGCUGAAAUAUUUGGAAAACUAGAACGAAUAUUAACCGAGCGAGACAAAAUGAAAGAUAUAGAAUUCUCGGGUAUUCCUGGUCCUCCUGGAGUUGAUGGAAAAGAUGGCAUUCCAGGUGCUAUCGGUCCUAUCGGUCCUCCAGGCAAAAAAGGUUCCCGUGGAAGGGUGGGCAAAACAGGCCUUAAUGGAAUUAAUGGUUUUAAUGGAGCUCCCGGUCCCGUUGGCCCCCAAGGUCCUGUAGGUCGCCCCGGUCCCAUUGGCCCUCAAGGUCCUAUUGGCCCAUUCGGUCCCCUUGGCCCCCAAGGUCCUGUUGGCCCCCCCGGUCGCACUGGCCAUACAGUCGUUGAUCCAUAUAAUUAUUAUUAUUUAGUUCCCCAUCAUCUAAACAGAGGCUACUUGACUUUUAAUCGAGUACCAACUAUUGCUAGAAAACCGUCAACGAAAACAGUGAUGUCUUCGACCACGGAUCAGACAGUGAAAGUUCAAUUUUUCUAA